AUGUCUCCCCGUGUCUACAAGACCUCUUCCGCUCGCGUCGCGACCUCCUCCGGCUUCAAGGCUGGCAUCUCUAAGAAGACCGUGAGCCAUGCUCGUCCAGUUAUCAAGCUGAAUGAAGUGGCUGCCAUCUUGCGCCCACAGUUCGGAUACGGUUCUCCUCGGGCUGUUGGCAAGCCCAAGACCACCCCGAGCCCCGUCACCAACAUCGCUCUUAACUUCGAGCGAUUCGAAGCUAGGCAGCGUGACCGCAUGGACGUCGAUGGGGCGGACUAUCACCACGAGCCCAUGGACAUCGAUGACGACUGCGUCAUCAGACUCACGAGGCAGCUCGAAAGCCUCGCCAUCGCCGAGCCGAGCCCCGUCAUCGGGGGUCCUUCUCGCGUCUACCAGUUCAGCUGCACGAAGCUGACACCGACCAAGAGCAUCCCGGCGAACGCGCCGAACGCCGUCACUGCUCCGGCGAACACGAACGGCAUCGUGCCGUUCAACAUGAUCUCCAUGGCUUUCUAA